AUGGGAUUCGGCUUAAGUGCCCCGGUCGAGACUUACGGUGCUCGAACCUCAACUGAAAUCACCCGUGCUAACCUUGUGGGGAAUGGCCUUGCUUUGAGACCCGUCAAAUACGCCCAAUUAUAUCGCUGGGCCCUGAUGGAGGAAAAUUUACGGACUCGCCUAGUGCCAAAUAUCGCAAAUCCAAAGGGGCUGAAACCACCAUUCGACCCUGCCUCUGCAGCACCUUCGCCUUUCCCCUCCAUCUCCGUCAUGCGCCAGUGUUACCACCAGGAUCCAAAGAUCCACAGCCUACUUACAUCGCUUGUGAAUAACUAUCAUGACAUCAAGUUUUUCGUCGAUAGGGAUGCAAGACCUGCCGUCGGCUAUUCAACUCGUACGGGAGAUAAAUCGCGAUUAAAAUUUCAAAAGCUCCUACGUUUGCGGAGCCGAGGGAAACAAUUUGAUAUCUGGAUGUUUGACAAAUGUCAUACAUGGCGCGUACAGCAUCUGGCUCAAAAUGAAUCAAGCAUACAUGUCAACAGACGUAUGAGCGAGUUUCUUAAGGAAACUGGCCUUUACUCAGAUGCGCUAUUGCAAGAAAUUCGAGUGGGCGUCAAAUUACUGGUUACAGAGUACAAAUAUGGCGCAAGUGGAAUAUCGAUCCUUUUUUGUUUUGCGCUUUCCCGUUUAUCGAGUAUCUCGUAUGACCAACUCAUUGAUCUGAUCAACGCAUUGAGGGAAGAAAAGUCAUUAUUGCGGCUCGUAGCUGAGAAAUCAGAGUGGCUAGAGGAAUGUCAAGCUCUCUUUGAUGAGAUAAAGGGAGAUGCCGAACACCGGCCGAAAAAUGCUAGUGAACUACCUAAAGUCGCCGCUCAGCAGUCAGUUUCCCGGGCAAUAGGCUCUUGUACAUUUGCUGUGCAGGAGUCUGCUGGAAAUACUUUAUGUACCUUUUACAAUCAAUCGCCACCCUCGAAUACGCUAAGCUCGACAAUCGGGCAACGUCAGGACGUGUUUUAUGAUCAGGACACACGGAGUUCGACAAUUGUGGCACAAAUGCCCUCCAGAUGGCCAUUGGAUGGUUCUUAUGAAUUCUCACUGUCCAUUAAUGCAGCACCAAACCCACCUUCGACUUCGGAUGUCGGCUCCACUUCCUCAACAUCCCCACCUUUCAAGUUAGUCCGGCACCUUAAUACCCUCUAUUCUCCUAUGGUUAAAUAUCUUGAACGAACACCCUCUAAAGCAAUCGCCGGCCGUUCGAAGCUUGAUGUUCAACUUCGAACAUUGCUGUUCCGGCGAGGACUUGCACUACGUUAUGAGAGGGCAACGUGCGAUGGCUGGCACUGUUCCAUAAACAAGUUUCUUGACAAAGAGGGCAUCGACAGGGCCUCGAGCAAAACGUGCCAAUACGGUAUAAAAAUAUUGUCUGCUGAGAGGGAAUUUGGUGCAAUGGGAAUAUCAGCGCUUCUCGUUUUCAUACCAUCCUUCGUGAAAAUGGAACGUGGGAACGUUCAAAUUUUUGUUGCGGAAUUUAGACAGCAGAGGGGCUUGUCACGUCUUGCGAGCGAAAAAUCAGCUUGGAUGGACGACUGUCAGCGCAGGUACCGGGAAAGUCAUAGUUUUAACAGUGCCGCUCAUCAAGCCUUUCAAACUACGUCUGGAUCGGGGCGUGCCGGUGCGUCAAAUUCAUCAAACCAGCCGCCAGAACUAAGCUCCUAUCGCCAAUGGAAAUGCCAAGACAUGGCAGAUUUUGGGUCGUCAAAUUUCUUGGAUUCCUUUGCGCAGUUCCCAGAGGUGUCAAGCUCUUGCCGUCCUUGGGGGUUUACCGGUUCCUUGGGAGAACGAGAGUCCUCUGCCAAUAUUACACAUUUAUCUAUGCAGCAGCCAGUAGUGUCAAGCUCUUGCCGCCCUUGGGGAUUUACUGGCUUGAUAGGAGAACCAGUCUCCACCUUCUAUGCUUCGGAUUCAUUUAUGCAGUUGCCAGAGGUGUCAAGCUCUUGCCGCCCGUGGGGAUUUACCGGUUCCAUGGGAGAACGAGAGCCCUCUGCCAAUACUACACAUUUAUUUAUGCAGUUGCCGGAAGUGUCAAGUUCCUGUCAUAACUGGAGGUUUCCUAGUAUGUCGGAUUUCGAGGAGAUGGAGGCCUCAACUUUUUAG